UCACCAUGAAUGUCGAAAAAUUACAGAACUAAUUAUUUUGGGGAUGUAUUUGCUGUUACAAACUAAUCUCGUAAGCAUCCCAGAAAAGGUUUGGAAACAACGACUGCAUUAACUCAGGGUAGAAUUCCGUCUCUACAUUGGACAGUCAAUGCCUUAAAAGUCCUACCUGGUUCCAGCCCUACUGACGGAUUUUUGUAUUAGGAAACUUGGCUUCUCGGGAGGUACUCAAUUCAAGGAGUGAUACAGGUCAACCAACUUAGUAUUCUUACUACUGAGCCCCGCAUAGACCACGCGGGCUUCGUGACUGUGCGUUACGACCCGCAGUAACAUGACUGAUACGCCAGAGGAACCUUUAAAAAGCAAAAUGAAAAAAUCAGCUAAUACAACUGAUGUGUCGGAUAGUGUUGACUCACUUUCUAAUACUGAUAAAUCUUUGUCAUCUGGACAAUUCCCGAAUGGGAUUAAUGAGAAACUUUUAAAGCAACUCACUAACGUCAUGUUGGUCUCUGGAUCUGGUAGUUCUAGUGGUGAGACAGAAAAGAAGUCUAAGAGUGAUUAUCGAUUCUGGAGAACACAGCCAGUUCCUGACCUCACUGAAGAGAUUACUGACAAUGGUCCAAUUGAACCAGAUUCAAAACAUGAAGAUAUUCGCUCACAGCCUUAUACAUUACCUGAAGGAUUUUAUUGGUGUGAAGUUUCUUUGGAUGACGAAACUGAGCUACAAGAAUUGUAUGAUCUUCUGUAUGAAAAUUAUGUUGAAGACGAUGAUCAUCUCUUCCGAUUUGAUUAUUCUAAACAUUUCUUACAAUGGAUCCUAAAGUCACCUGGUUGGCAUAAAGAUUGGCAUGUUGGACUUCGUGUAACUAAAAGUAAAAAGCUGGUUGGAUUUAUUGCAGCUAUUCCAUGCCAUCUACAGAUAUAUGAUAAAGCAAAACAGCUUGUUGAAGUCAACUAUCUUUGUGUCCAUAAAAAAUUACGUUCUAAACGUAUGGCCCCUGUACUAAUUCGAGAAGUAACUCGUCGUGUUCAUCUACGUGGGAGAUUUCAGGCUUUGUUCACAAGUGGAACUUUACUUCCAAAACCAGUCAGCAAAUGUCGAUACUGGCAUCGCCCUCUCAAUCCACGUAAACUUCUUGAAUGUGGAUUUUCACACCUUACUCACAACAUGACUCUUCAACGAACAAUUAAACUAUACAGAUUACCUGAAGCUCCUCUUGUCAAAGGUUUUCGUCAAAUGACAAAAAAAGAUGUUCCCAAAGCAUGGCCUUUAUUAUCUGAGUACUUGGAAAAGUUUAAUAUUCAUCCAAUUUUUACAAAAGAAGAAUUUCAGCAUUUCUUUGUUCCUCGAGAUGAUGUUGUGUACUCUUUCGUAGUUGAGAGUGGAGUUGGCCAAAUCACAGACUUCUGUUCGUUCUAUGUCCUUCCCAGUUCAGUCAUGAAAAGCAAACAACACAAUAGCCUUCGCGCGGCCUACUCAUUUUACAAUGUUUCUACAGUAACACCAUGGCCUGCAUUAAUUCAAGAUAUGUUGAUUUCAGCUAAACAGUUAAAGUUUGACGUAUUCAAUGCUUUGGAUCUAAUGGAAAAUGGAAAAUUUCUGGAAGAGUUGAAAUUUGGCAUCGGAGACGGUGAUCUACAUUAUUAUUUGUAUAACUGGCGUUGUCCAUUCGCUAAGCCCUCUGAGGUUUGUUAAUUUUUUAAAAUAUUUUCUGUUGUUUUUUCCAUUCAAUUUAUUCCUAUUUGAAACACUUUAUUUUGCUUCAUGUAAAUGUUGUGUGAGACCUAUAAAUGUUCAUCUUGACAAUUUACCUCGACAACCUUAAUAAGUGUAUAGAGAUAUUAGAUUAUAUACGUUAAAAUAGACCACCUUGAUAAAAUCUUUUUCAUUCCUUCUGUCUUAAUUCUUGAGUUUCUUGUAUAAUUAACGUUCACUGACGUUAUGUACAUUAAUAACAGUUUAUUUUUGGUGUAAUGUUAUAAAAAAUGCUAAUGACAAAGUGGUGGUAAUCCAAACUGGUAAAUAUUUCAAGUAUACUACCACAUCGAGUUCUGAUUGAAAUGUUUUGAAUUCUAUGUUGAUCAAAAUAUUAUAGAUUUCCAUAUGAAUGACUCUCGAGUUAGUAAAUAUUCUUCAGGCAUUCAUCAGAUUCAUACUUGAAAAUUUAGGUACUUUUAUUAGCGUGAUAUCAUUGUAUGUCGAUGUACAUUUCACAUCUACUUCAUGUGAGACGACACUCCAUUACUGCUUUGCACUAAUAUCCGGCGUUGCUGUACAAAUCGAAUUGAUUAUGUGUUGAAUACUUUAGUGCCUGGAGGAUUUCCUACAGCUUAAAACUAAUACAUGCGUUUCGUAAAGUUCCAAUAAGGGAUAGUAUAAUUUCUUCAAAGUAUUUAUUCGUGUAUGAUGUAUGAAUGAAGAAUAUUUUGUACAUCGAAUUCCUAACAAAUUGUACUGUUGUCAUUCUAAUUCUGAUAUCCUAGCAAAAUAGUUUCAAGGUGAAUACAACUUUUAACAAUGCUCGUAUCUGUUGUCUGUCAGCGUAGGAAUGACUAGUAUUUAAUCCAUACUGGAAUCAGAUUGUAAGUUAGAUACAAUCAAGAGAAUAGUAAGUAGCGUUGGAUAAGAAAUAAUCAUCAAUAACGAUAUCAAAAGUUCGGUCAUGGAUUAUUGUGUUGAGUGAAGUGAUAUAAAUUAAGACGAUUUGUUAAUAUAAAUUGUCCAAAUGUUUAGAAGUUAAGCAUAUUUAAAUUAAACAAGUUCAGAGGUGAAGUAGAUAUUUACAUUGAGCUUAUUGUAUCACCUUGUAAUUAAGAUGAUCGUAUAACUUGUUGAAUUUGACCUUCACCAAUGUUGUAAAAGAGGUCUUACUACUCAAAAUAUCUAAAAGACUAAAUCGUUGAAAAUAAAUUUUCAAUUUGGUGUAAUAGAUAUUUUCACAAUUGUUCCACUACUAAAAACUAUAUACAUAUAUAUACUGCACAAAUAUUUUUGGUCUGAUUCUAUUUAUUUUGAAAACCUACAUAGUCGAAUGGCAACUUGGACCGGUGCAUAAAUGUGCUUGGUCCUACGUUGUAGCUAACUGACUUAGUCGAAUAUUAGAUCUACUGCUAAGUUCGGGUCUAGAACUUGAAUGUUUUCUCACAUUUCAAUUCAAUUGACCGGGAUUUUCUGAAUACAUUUCUUUUAUUUAAUAAAACCACAUAUUUAAUACACAAGUAGUAACGGAAAAGUAAAUAUGAUUAGAUGUCUUUCGAGGAGAUCAUAUAUUCAGUUCACUCACUCUCGAUUCAUUUAAGGCCUAGUUGUUCAGCCUAGUUUUUCCCCAUAUCACAAUUACCUUAAUUUAAUAUGUUUGUUUUUUCAAAUUAAUGAAAAAAACUAUUCAUUUAUUGCAUUUGUUUUAUUUGUUAAAUGUAUUGAUUGUUUAUUUCUCAUCCUAUUAAAAUCAUUUUACAGAUUGGAAUAGUAUUACAAUAAAUGAAAUGCUGCCGAAAUUUCGUACUGACUUCUUACAUUACUAAGUAAAUCAAAUUUGCAAAUCUUUUCACGCUUUAAUGUAUUAUAUACUUUCUGUUCAGUGAACUUUACAAACCAUGUUGAACCUCUACACCGAAGGAAUUUUUAAAAUCUCGUUUAACUUGCUAUAGUUAUCUUUGUCUUAGUUUCAUAAUCGUUCCUAUUGAUCAAUGCAAUUGUUUUGAAAUUCAUGUGAGCACUAUUUCGAAUAGCUUAUCACUUUUCCUCGAUUCCCCUUUCUCCUCUUUCUUCAGCUUUUAAAAAUGACAAAAAGUGUACCUUAAGCUACUGUUAAUGUUUGCCAGUAUUUUUGUCUGUUCUUUGAAAUAUAUUUCUACACAUGUAUACCGGUAAAUCGAUUAAAUUCCUUAUUUCUCAGUGUAAAUUAUGUGAUUUUCAUUAAAAAAAACGUGCAAACAGGUUGCCUAGUUAGUAGUUAUGAGUCAAUUGUAAGAGUUUAUUUUAAAUAUUGUAAUUCAACUGUAGUGUAAUCAACUUAUUAGACGGUUAUGUUCGGUUGUUUUAGGGAAAAUGUUUAGGAAAAGGCGAAACAUGUACACCAUAGCUACCGAGUCAAGCCUUUUUAAGCUUGUACACCGUGUUUAUGUCGGAGUAUUUGAAUCUCGACUAGUGAACACUUAUGAAUUUGUAAAGAAUCUGAGUUCAAAGAGAAACCAAGGUGUUCAAUAAUAUAACUGAAAAGGUAUAUGUUCAAUGAUAUUUAC